UCCUCGUCAACAAACAAACAACUUUAAACACAAACAACAAAUUCCUAACUUUGUCAGGGUCUUGUUGGAUUCUGGCUGGUCAUAAAAAACAAUUCUCCACAAACAAAGAAAAAAAAAUUCAAACCCAUUUCAAAAUCAUCUAUAAUCACGGAGGAGAAAAUUAAUUCCAAUCAUUAAUUAACAAAAUGUGUUAAAAAUCUGAAAUCUUUGUUCAAAAGGGUACAAAAAAAAAUCAUCAUCAUGAGUGGAGGGAGGAACCCACAUGGUGGCACCACAGUUGAGGUUAAGGUUCAUCCUCGCCGUGGGUCUCCGUCGUCGUCGUCGAAUCCUCCCGUCACUCGUGAUCGUGAUUUCAGGCUCUUUAAGCAAUGGGUUCCAUGGCUUAUUCCAACUUUUGUGUUUGCCAACGUUGUUGUUUUCAUUUUUACAAUGUAUGUUAAUGAUUGUCCUGAGAAUGCAUUUCAUGGCACUUGUGUUGCUCCUUUUCUUGGAAGGUUCUCAUUUCAACCACUUAAAGAAAACCCUCUCUUUGGUCCUUCUUCCUUUACAUUACAGAAGAUGGGUGCUCUAGAAGUAGAUAAAGUGGUUCAUGAACACGAAGGUUGGCGCCUUGUCUCUUGUAUAUGGUUGCAUGGUGGGGCUAUCCAUGUACUUGCCAACAUGUUGAGUCUUCUUUUUAUUGGAAUUCGGCUUGAACAAGAAUUUGGAUUUGUUAGAAUUGGAUUUCUCUAUGUGAUAUCUGGUUUUGGAGGGAGUUUGCUGUCUUCGUUAUUCAUACAAACGGGCAUCUCAGUUGGUGCAUCUGGUGCAUUGUUUGGCUUACUCGGAGGGAUGCUCUCAGAGCUCUUCAUUAAUUGGACGAUAUAUGCCAAUAAGAUGGCUGCAUUGUUGACUCUUAUAAUCAUUGUUGUAAUAAAUUUAGCUGUUGGAGUCCUUCCACAUGUUGACAAUUUCGCUCAUCUAGGAGGAUUUGGUUCUGGAUUUUUUCUUGGAUUUGUCGUUUUGAUUCGUCCUCAAUUUAAAUGGAUAAGCCAACAACAAUCUAAAUCUGGAUCCCAUGCAUUUUCUGUUAAACAAAAUAAGUACUUACCUUAUCAAUAUGUGUUGUGGGUUUUGUCUUUCCUAUUACUCAUUGCAGGAUUCAUUGCUGGGAUGGUUCUACUCUUUCGAGGUGUUAACUUGAAUGAACGUUGCUCGUGGUGUCAUUAUUUAAGUUGUGUUCCUACCUCAAAAUGGAGUUGUCAGGAACAAAGCAUUUAUUGUGAGACAACGGAAUUCGGAAAUCAACUUAACAUCACAUGCAUGAGCAAUGGUAGAAGUGACAUUUAUCCUCUGUCAAAUACUAGCUCUUCUGAUAGACAACAACUUUGUUCGCAACUUUGCCACGGAUAGAUAGAUACACAUGCAAAAUUUCUUGAAGGGAUGUUGUUAUUCAACAACUUGUGUAUAUGAUUCAUUCUUGGUAGUGCAGAGAAAUUCGUUGUUCUCAGUUGGCAAUGAUGAUUGUUAUGCCAGCCAUCAUGAGUUUAUUAUUAUUAUUAUAUUAUUAUCAAUGCUAUUUCUAUCUUAGCAUGAAAUAUUUUGCUAUUAUCAAAAGAGAGCAAAGGAAUGGAAGAUGCAUUUGGUUAAAGAAGAAAAGUAAUUCUCAAAAAAUGUAAAUGCUGUCGAAUAUUAUUAGGGAUAUGUUAAGGUGAAUUGCUACCAAACUUUAAGGCAGUGAAGGUGUAAUGAGGGGAAAGUUAUUCUCCCCCUACACUUAUAAAAACCACAUAUUAUUUAGAAUGGCAAAAAUUGUGCUUUUUCUAGAAAUA